AUGUCGGACAGAACAAUGGCGCGGCAAGUACUGCUGAUUAUUUGGUUUCUCUCUCUCAGUUCGGCUCUCGGGCAGGUCAGUUACUCCAUUCCCGAGGAAAUGGCGAAAGGUUCUUUAGUCGGGAACAUAGCGCAGGAUUUGGGUUUAGAUUUAAAGAGACUGAAAUCGGGUAAAGCGCGUAUUUAUACAGGAGACAGCGCUGAAUAUAUCGAGCUGAAUAAAGAAAGAGGAGUCCUCCUUAUCAAAGAGAGAAUCGACCGAGAGGCGCUAUGCGGACAGACAACGCCUUGCGCCUUACAUUUACAGAUUACCUUGGAAAAUCCUAUGGAGUUUUAUAGCGUAACAAUUGAGAUUGUAGACGUAAAUGACAACUCUCCCGUUUUUGCAGUUAAAGAGAUUAAAUUUGAUAUAAGUGAAUCAUCUCUGACAGGAGCUAAAUUUGUUUUAGAGACAGCCGUGGAUGAUGACGUUGGCCUUAACGGCGUACAAAGUUAUUUUUUACAUCCCGCUGAUCAUUUUAUUCUAAAGACUCAAGAUAUGCCGGAUGGUAGCAAAAAUGUUGAAAUUAUUCUACAAAAACCUUUAGAUCGAGAAAAACAAAAACACAUUUCACUUUUACUUACUGCUUUGGACGGGGGAGACCCACAAAUGUCUGGAACAAUUCCGAUUGUAAUCACAAUUGAGGACGCAAAUGAUAACGCACCAGUUUGCUAUCUGCCUGUUUAUAAGACCAGCGUUGCAGAAAACUCUCCAAAGGGUACAAUUUUAACUGCAGUUCAAGCAUCAGAUGCUGACCAGGGACAGAAUGGUAAAAUAGAGUAUCAUAUUUCGAAAUCUUCUGGUGGCGCCACUAACCUCUUUGAAAUAGACAGAGAUGAAGGAGUGUUAAGGUUAUCCGGCGAUACUGACUAUGAACGAAUUAAACAUUAUCAAAUUGACGUUCAGGCGAGAGACCCCGGACGUCACUCGGACACAUGCAAAGUCAUUGUUGAUGUAAUUGAUGUGAAUGACAACAAACCAGUAAUUAAUAUAAUGUCAAAAUCAAACACACUUUCCGAAGAUUCAAAACCAGGUACCGCUGUGACUAUGCUGAAUGUUCAAGACUCAGAUUCUGGUGAAAAUGGAAAGGUUCAGUGCUCCAUUAAUGAUAAUAUACCUUUUAAGCUGAAGUCAACAAACAGCAAUUUCUUCAGUUUAGUCACAGAUGGUGAUUUAGACCGAGAGCGCGAGUCUGAGUAUAACAUCAGUGUGACGUGCGCGGAUGAGGGCGUGCCCUCUCUCUCCAGCAGCGUCACUCUCUCCUUACAGAUAUCAGAUGUGAAUGAUAACGCGCCUGUCUUUGACAAGAGCUCAUAUGAGGCCUCUGUUCAAGAAAACAACACACCGGGUCUUUCCAUAUUCACAGUCAGAGCCAGAGACGCAGAUUUUAACCAGAAUGCCCGUGUGUCUUACAUACUGGAGGACUCGUCGGUUAACGGAGUGCCCGUCUCCUCGUUAGUGUCCGUUAGUGCUGAUAGUGGAGUCAUACAUUCAGUGCGAUCUUUCGAUUACGAGCAGAUCAAAGAUUUCACUUUCCGCGUAAAAGCGCAGGACGGAGGCUCUCCUCCUCUCAGCAGCAACGUGAGCGUGAAAAUAAUGAUUCAGGACCAGAAUGACAACGCGCCUCAGGUUCUGUAUCCGGUCCAGUCAGGCGCUUCUGUGGUGGCUGAAAUAGUGCCUCGUUCUGCAGAUGUGGGUUAUCUGGUGACUAAAGUGGUGGCUGUUGAUGUGGACUCUGGACAGAAUGCCUGGCUCUCAUAUAAACUGCAAAAAGCCACCGAGAGGGCGCUGUUUGAAGUGGGCUUACAGAAUGGAGAAAUAAGAACUGUGCGCCAAGUGACAGAUAAAGAUGCUGUGAAACAAAGACUCACUGUUGUAGUGGAGGACAACGGGCAGCCCUCUCGAUCAGCUACAGUCAAUGUUAACGUGGCGGUGGCGGACAGCUUCCCUGAAGUGCUCUCGGAGUUCACUGACUUUACGCACGACAAGGACUACAACGACAACCUGACUUUCUAUCUGGUCUUGGCCUUGGCUGUGGUUUCGUUUCUCUUUAUCGUGUCUAUCAUUGCCAUACUGUCAGUCAAAUGCUACAGAUGGAGACGCGAGCGGAUGUUUUACAAAUCUGGAGCGAAUCUUCCAAUUAUUCCGUAUUAUCCGCCUCUUUACGCAGAUGUAGGUGGCACAGGAACUUUACAGCACGUGUACAAUGAUGAGGUUUGCAGAACCACUGACUCCAGAAAGAGUGAUCUGAAAUACGGCAGACCUUGCAGUGAGAGCAUCAUUAGUCUGGACAGCAGCGGAACACAGACACUCACGCAUGCGCAAAGGGAGAGACUGAACUUUGACGAUUGUGACGAUCAGUUCAUCAGACUGAACUCUUAG